CCCCUAGUCGAGGCGUUGUUUUGUCGUUGAAUUCUAAGUCGCAGGUCGUUCGUUUGGGCAUCGCCCACUCCCACCCACUCUCUCUCUCUUCUCGCUGUUCAUGUCUCUCUGUAAAUUCUCCGGCAUUAUCAAGAGGAUUCAACGGUUAUCAGUCGAACAACACUUCCAUACCUUCAAACUUCUACUUCCAAAGGAUCGGCCUUCAUAAUGGGGUCAAUGUUGGUGCCGCCGUGGCUAGAACCAUUGCUGUCGACGGCAUUCUUCUCCAUUUGCCGGACGCACGGCGACGCAGCUCGAAGCGAAUGCAACAUGUAUUGCCUAGAUUGCAACCGUGACGCAUUUUGCUUCUAUUGCCGUGGGUCGAAGCACAAGGAUCAUCGAGUGGUUCAAAUAAGACGGUCGUCCUAUCAUGAUGUGGUGAGGGUGGCUGAGAUUCAGAAGGUUCUUGACAUCAGUGGAGUUCAGACCUAUGUGAUCAACAGUGCCAGAGUUCUGUUCCUUAACGAGAGGCCUCAGCCGAAAGCCGGCAAGGGAGUGGCUCAUAUAUGUGAGAUAUGCGGAAGAAGCCUGUUAGACCCCUUUCGUUUCUGCUCAUUGGGAUGUAAGCUUGUAGGAAUAAAGAAGAAUGGGAAUGCGAGCUUUAUCUUAGACACCGAGAAUGAAGCAAUGGAAAGAGGAGAAGAGAUAUCGAGGAGGAGAGAGGAGGAAGAAUUGCGUGAAGGUAGGCAGCAGGACAUCUAUCCUCCCACGCCUCCACCUGCUUCAAAUCCAAGGAGAAGAAAGGGUAUCCCUCAUAGAGCACCAUUGAGGUCCUAACUGUACAAAAGAGAAAGCCAAAUAUACCCAACAUUCAAUCCUUCACAGUAAUCCAACCCAAAUGUCUGUCUCUAAUCUCUACUCUCUGCUAGGGGAGGGCUCUGAGAAGGAGAAGGAAGGAGGAGGGUACAGAGUAGGUACCCAUUUGGGUUUGGGUCUUAAUCAACAUCUCACUUUCUAUCUUUCUCUUCUUUUAUCUUUUCUUUCUUUUCUUUCUUGUGGAGAUGGGGAUCGAGGAGAUCAAUAAUGUUGAAUUAUUAUU